AUGAAGCACAAGCUGCGUGGCCAGUUCGGUCUGCCGCUGGCGCUCGAACCGAUGGGGCUCCUCCUUGCGCCCGACCCCGCGGGCCCGUUCUGUUCUUCGCCGACCUGCCCAACUGCGAUCUCUCCGCCACACUUCACAGCGAUCGCCUGUACGAGCUCGUUCUACGCGAAGCACACGAGCGUGUUGUUCUGCAAGUGGGUCAACUCGACCGAGCUGGCGUGUCCACAGGCGCCCCUCACCAGCCCGGGCGCUGUGUCCAUCGUCAUCAAGAUCGGACCCAACAUCAUCAGCCCCGCCAACCUCACCUUCCUCUUCUACCAGCCGCCGCAGCUGCAGAGCCUGGACCCGCCGUCGGGCAGGGUGGCCGGAGGCUACGACGUGCGCAUCUGGGGAUACGACUUCUUCCCAAACCCCGAAGAC